GCUAUGGUUUCUGGUCUAUGAUUCAUGAAUGAAGCUCGUAGUUUAUCGAAUGUGGAAAUGUUGUUAUUAUUUCAAAUGUUGGGAAACGUGCCCAGUUUUGUUAUAUGAGAGAUUUACUGUGUUUAGUAUAUUAUUUUUUACAUUCCUAUAAAGAUGGAAGGUGGUAAUAACUGUCCAGUAUUAGUGUCUUGUAAGAAACUGAAAACUGAAUUUGCUGAAUUUAAUAAAAUACCUCUAACCUCAGACAACUUUUCACUAGGGCGAGGAUUGAAGAACUCUGUUGUUGUACCAUUUAUUUCAAUAUCGAGGAAUCAUUGUCUCUUCAAAAAAGUUGAAAACAAGUGGACUAUUGAAGAUAACAGCUCGUUUGGUAUUAAAGUGAACGGGGAGACAUUAGGCAAAGGGUUUUCCAAAACAUUGUGUGAUGGAGAUGUCAUAUUGCUAGAAGGAUCAGAAGAAUUUGUAUACAAGUUUACAUAUCCAUCAGGAGACGAAUUUGAAGUGCCAAGAAAGCGUAUGAAAAUGGACGAUACCAGUCCAAAUAACAAAAUAAUUAAUGAUGUCAAGAUGAAAUUUGAAGAGUCACAAACUUGUGAAAUAAAGCACAUUGAAGAAAAAAUACAAAAUGCUAAACAAAUGCAGAACACAUCUAAGAUAUUAAAGCAACAGUUGCAAACAGAAAUGAAUAGGAAAAUACUUCACCUAGAGAGUGAGUUUGCCUUACAAAUAGAAAAUUUAAAAGGAGAGAAAAAUGAAGUAGAGCGACAAAAAACAAUACUUGAAGAAGAGAGAGAUGCACAGCUUGCUACCAUCAAGCAUGAAAUGGAAAACAAAAUAAGUGAACUCAUGGAACAAAUUCAAAAACACAAUGAAUCUGAGUCAGAAUUGAUAAAGGAAAAUAACUUACUCAAAGAGAAACUCAUGAAGGAGAGGGAAGAGUUUCUACUAGAACUUAAUAGAGAAAACACAUCAAAACAAGAAAUUCUGGAGAAUCUAGAGGCCAAAAUUAGAGAACAGGAAGAUGUUCGAUUGAAGGAACGGCAAGAGUUCUUAGAAAUGCUGCAAAGGGAAACUGAACAACUUCGAUUGGCUAAGGAAAAGGAAUUGAAGGAAAUAGAAGAACAAAGAAUACAGAGGGAGCAAGCCUUAAAGCUGGAAUUAAAUACUAUUAAAAAGAAUCUCGAGGAUAAAGUGCAACAAACGGAGCAAGAGAAACUAAAGGCUGAGAAAAUGCUCAAUGAACAGAUGGAACAUAUGAAGAAAGUUAGCAAUGAGGACAAAAUAGCUAUGCAGAAAUUGAUGAAAGAAAGAGAAGAUAUAGAGAAUAAAUUAAAUGAAGCACAAACCAAUGCUGCAAAGUCACUCGAAGAGCUCCGGACACGAGUGAUAGACAGAGAGACUGAGCUGGCUGCGUUGGCUGCCGAGAGGAUACAGAAGCAAGCGGAACAGUCUAGUGUAGUUAUUCACACUUUACAAGCACAACUCGAACAGGUAAAAAGCCAACUACACACUGUUGAAACGGAGAGAAACACGAUAUUAGAAAAUAUCUGUGCUCCUGACAACGCUGGUGAAGGUUCCUCAAAGCAAACAGUACUGACUGAAAUGGGAGAGCUCAUGGAGAGCGAACUGCAGUGUAGUGUGUGCAACGAACUAUUUGUUGAAGCCACUACGCUCAACUGCUCGCAUACCUUCUGCAAAUAUUGUAUCUCUGUUUGGAAGAAGAAGAAAAAAGACUGUCCUAUUUGCAGAGCGCCGAUCACCUCAGAAUGCAAGAGCUUAGUUUUAGACUCAUUCAUAGAGAAGAUGGUGCAAAGUCUCAGCGAGGACAUGAAACGAAAACGAAAAGACAUUUUAGAUAAUAGAAAAGAACUCGAGUCUGAACUGGCCCGGCAGUCCGACGCGAACUCCAAUCGCCGAAGAAACAGCGCUGACGAGAGCUCCGAGUUUUCCGACUUCAACGACAGCGAAUACUACGAGGAACAGGAGGAGGAACAGGAGGAGGACGACUACUACGGAUUCCACGACGGCUUCUAUGACUCCGAUGGUAGUGGAUUUGACAGUGACGCCGACGAGGAAUCGGCAGCCGGAGGUAGUAGUGGUGGUGGCGCGGCGCUAGUGGCGGGGCUGCCGGACGCGUACUACGGCGGCUACGGGCGCUGCUACCGCUGCGGCGCGCGCGGCCACUGGGCGCCCGGCUGCCCGCGCCGCUAGUCGCUACAGCACCGCAACAUACCAAACAUCUCUGAACUCACUGAUACCCUGCGCAACCGUGGUCUCUCCACAUACAUACGACAGCACAUCGACCUACCUCAAUCUGUCAAAUUUAUUCAAUCGAUUUUCAACCUUAUCACAAUAGUCGAAGAUUAAUGUUGGGUUGAUAAAAUUUGACAGAUUCGUUUAGGCUGAACUGCUGGCGUCUAUCCAUAAUUGCAGAAAUAACUCUUUUUUUUUUCAAAAAAUUGUGUAAAAUUAGUAUUUAAAAACAGUAUCUUCAGCAAAAAAUAUUUGAUACAUUUGCACCGUUGCGCAGUCUGGUAGCCAACUUCAGAGAAGCAAAAUUGUUUUGAUAUGAUUUGUACAUGCCGUACUCAUAUGUCGUGUCGCUAUCGAACUUCAAACUACUUAGUUUCACAGUCGCAAUAUUAUGGCCUUAAGAAUUAUCACAUUUGAAAGAAUAUUCCUCUACUAUCAUGUUUGCCUAAAUUUGUAGCACCAACGUUUUUUUUUAUUAUCUAAAGUUUCAUCUAAUUUUUUAUAAGCUGGUCUUAAUUAAAGCAUUAUUUUGGUGUUCUUAUACCACAUAUGCUUGCGUUCGUGCUACUCAUUUAUGCAAUAGCACAAGUUAAAAAAACUAGAAUCUCUGAGCUGUACCUAAAUUUUACGGUAAGCUUUUUUAUACAUUUAUAUCAAUUGAUUAAUUUCUUCAUCUAUGUAUCUAGGUACUUAUUAAAUGUAAAAUAAUUUAGUUUUGUACGUACAUCACAAAAGCAUCUGGAUACAAAGCGUAUCUUAGAUUAAUCUGUGAUAACAUAUGGAAUGUUCAUUUUUCUCAAAAUUACCAAGUAUAUAUGUCGAAACAAAAAUAUUGUAAACAAGCAAGAUACCUUAUAAAAUGCUUGUUUACUUUUAAAAUUGUAUGAGUGAUGAUUGUGAUUAUUUUUCAAACAUUUGUAUUAUUUGUAUGAUUGACUCAGUGUGUAUGAUUUAUUCAGAGGAAUCGUAAACCAGCACUUUUUCGUCUAUCAAUAAAACAGUUCUUUUUUGCAUUUUUAAUUUGUUAAUUAAAAAAACAACCAAAGCAAAAAUUCAAAAAUAUGUGUAAGUGUCUGGUAUAAGCAAAUAAGGUCUCAUGGAUAGAGAAGCUUCAAAUGGAGUUUUUCCAUAAUAAUAAAUUAAUUUGUCACCCCGAGUCGGGUGCUUUCCACUGAAAAAGACGUUCACGUCAUGUGUAAAUUAAUGUAGGGACGGUUUAUCAGCAACUUUAUCGGUGAAUAAAUUUUUGAGGGAAAACUGAUAGGGUUGCUCAGAAACCGGCCAGAAGAGGUAUCAUUUCUAGAAUAAGUGCAUACGUCACAUGUGCAUACGAAGAAGUAAAUCAAAAGUGUCAUUAAAAUAGCAGAAUAUUUUGUUAUUUACAUGUUUGACAAAAUAUUAUGUUUCAAUGUUACAAUUAAGCUAAUUGAAAGGCAUUUAGACAGCCUUUGUUACAAUAUUGUUAAAAUUUAUUUGUGUAAAUUUAUUUGUCUAUAUGCGGUAAUUAUUUUAAAGGAGAAUGGGCAUUCCUGGACUAUCAGCGGCCAGUUAUGAAAUUCAUAUUAAAUGAUAACUCUUGCAAUUAGGAAUAACUUUUACUAUGGGCGUCAUCCCGCAGAAUUAUUCGCGGUUUUUAAUGUUUACUUUUUUAUCAUCCUGAUCACCUGAAGAACGUUUUUGAAGAAGUUACUCUAGAUGCCCAAAAAGUUCAGAAACAAAAAUGCAUUUCGUUCGGUUUUAAAGUAUAGGUACCGAGAGAAUAGAACUUCAAUACCGAAAGUCCGCAAGUAAAGAACCGUACUUAAUCAGUUAGACGUCAGUACUAAAAUGACUGAUAGCCCAGGGUCCAUGCCCAUUGUCCUUUCUAUUGAUCCGAAACUGAACAUAUUACGGCAAAAUGUUCAGUGUAAGAAUUGUACAUAAAUGUAGAAAUAACUCUAUUCUUAAAAAGUUAUGUAAAAUUGUUAUUAUAGUUAUGAAAAACAAUGAUUGGUAUAUUUUAAUUAAAUCAAUCUUUUGUAAAAAAAAAUAUGGUAUUAUUUUGACAGUAUCUAAAAUUUCCAUGUGGUCUUACUAUAGUUCAUUAAUUCCAUGUCAUCGAGGGCUCAAGUGAUUUUUUAAAAUAUUCCAAGAUAGGUUGCUAUUCUAAUAACAGUUAAUACAGUUUCUGUAGUAUUUCGAUGGCGACACGAUUUGUAGCAAUAAUUUAUCUGAUGUUCGUGCUGGUGUUGCGUUGCUAUCGAUAAUUGCGAUUCAUUUUGUCUCAUUUAAAAUGACAAUCAGGAAGUGAUAAUUCGGGCAAAACAUCUUCCAAGUUGCAAAGUCACAUAAAAGCUCAUGUUGGCGUUUUUAAGUUUUUUUCACUCGAGACAAUUGUGCCUACGUUACUUCAGAAACUAAAAACUUAAAUCACAUAGAAGGACUACCACUUGCUUGAUAUGUACCUACAUUUAUAAGGUUUGUACAUGGGGCGGCGGAAAUAAAGUAGCCUACUCUCAUUAAAAAUAUAAAUCCGGCACUGUCUGACCCUACCGUAGAUUGGGAAGGUUUCCCUUACUUAUUUUGGACUAGCUGUUGCCCGCGACUUCGUCUGCGUGAGCAAUAUAGAAUUUCCAAUUUCGUUUAUUUAAUCAUUCAUUGCUCAACUCCCGUAGGUGAUAGCGUGAUAAUAUAUAGCCUAUGUGUUGAACCGGCCCCCAGGUAAUAGUCUUGCAAAAUUUGAUUUAAAUCCAUGCAGUACUUUUUGAGUUUAUCCGGGACAAACAUACAGA